AUGCAGGCAUGGCGAGGAUACUCAGGGCUCAAGUUACGACCCGGUUUCGGAAUUUAUCCCCAUCCCACUCGGCCAAAAAGUCGAGGGAAGAUUUUGCUGCGCAGUACGGAUGUCCUUGAUCAUCCAGUUAUCAUCGGGAACUACUUCAAGGACCCGGACGACGUCAAGGUCGCAAUCGAAGCCACUCGUCUGGUGUUGCGAUUGGGAGAGCAUCCCGCGUUCAAGAAGUUUGGUGCCGAAUUCUACAGCAAAUCCCUGCCGGGCUGUCAGCAUCUGACGCAGUUCACGGACGACUACUGGGAGUGUCAGAUUCGGCAGUUCACGUAUCUGCAUUGGCACGACGUUGGCACGUGCAAAAUGGGACCAUCCACUGAUCCUGGGGCCGUCGUCGAUCCCACUCUCAAGGUGUACGGAGUGAAGGGGCUGCGAGUGGCAGACGCAUCCAUCAUGCCGGCGAUCGUCUCCGGCAAUUCCAUGGCAGCAUGCAUCGUGAUCGGGGAGAAGGCCUCCGACCUCAUCAAGUCCGCCCACGGUCUGUGA